AUGUAUCUUCAACAGUAUUUUACAGUCGCCGCUCUGGCCCUUGCAGUUCACGAGUAUCUGAUAACCAGUAAGGGAGAAGUGGAGCUUAUAUGGCCAUCCCGGUUUUCACUGCCAAAGGCGCUCUUCUAUACGAACCGUUACCUUCCAAUAAUUACUGCGGUGUUCACAACCUACAUGGAAGUUUUUGAUACUACAUAUGAUAAUUGUGAAGCCGCAGUAGUCAUUUCUUCCCUAUUGCUCUCCUCGUGCUAUAUAUGUGCUGAGGUGACGCUCUGCGUAAGAAUAUAUGCUCUAUGGGGACGACGCCGGACGAUACUUAUUUUCUUGGCGUUUAUGAUAACUAGUAGCGCAAUUGGCGGCUAUUAUUUAUCAGUGUCUUUUGCUUUGUCUGGUAGAGCUGCCCGAGUCCGCCUGUUCCAUUCUGGGUGCCUUUUGUUAUUCUCUGAUCAGAACGAGCAUGGCAUUUGCGAACAUGAUGCUGCUACUUCACGAAAAGAGUCCUUUGAGCCACAUUCUCUUGAAUAUGCAAGCAGUCCUCUCUUGCGCUUUGAGCAACCGGCUUCUCUUGCAACUUCGAAAAGUGGACCACAGGCAAAUUACCUCCGAAGUGUCUGCCCUGGCGGAGACAAUGCACUUCAGAUCGAAUUCUGCAACCGUCUCCGACGAGUAAUCUGGUGCCACAGACUGCAACUCUCUGGCCCUGCAGCGACCGACUGGCCAUCCGGAAUGCCUGAAAAUUUUCAGGGAGGUUAUGGUCUUUUGUAA